AUGUUGAAGCCUUCAAACUCCUCCUUCAUGGAAAAGACUCUGCCCCUGAGGAAUAGGGUGGCAGACAAGAUCGAGUGGGUGAAACUUCGUACACCAAAGGUUGUCAAAUCGAGAGCAUUUCGAAGAGCGGCGACAAUUACAUCCGCUGUGUUCUUUGCUCUCACAUUCAUUAUUGUUUUGGCAAAAUUGACGAAUGCGGGUCUCUUUAUACCAAAACUUGUCAGCCAUAUCUCGAGAUAUCCCACAUGUCAGAGCAAGGGGAUCAAUGGAACAAGAGACAUAUGGGAAGCUUCACAGAAGAAGUACGAGAACCUGAGGGACGAUAAAUUUACAAUUGCCAUGCAAACGUAUCGUCGACCGAAGGAACUCCAAGAAACGCUCAACAUCAUCCUGAGCGAGGAAGUUCCCUCACUUCUCGAAAUAGUCGUCGUCUGGAACGACCUUGAGAACUAUCCCCCAGAUGACUACGUUUCAAAACACGGAGUGCCCGUCCGAUUCCGAAAGUCGAAGCGCAACAGUCUCAACGAAAAGCUCUGGCCCGAUCCCGACUACAAGACACAAGCGAUUCUGCUCUCAGACGACGAUGUCUACUAUCACCCGAGCGAUCUCGAGUUCGUCUUCCAGACAUGGCGCAAGUUUGGCAGGAAUCGAAUGGUCGGUGCUCUCGCUCGAUGCACGCCCGUCGAUACGUUUGGAUACCACAAGUACACGUUCUGCUCCAGCAGAUGGGGAGAGGAUGACUAUAACAUGAUUCUGACCAAUCUCGCUUUCUCACAUGUGUCGUUCCUCGACUAUUACUCUUCCAACGACACGAUCAUGACACAGAUCAGAGAGUAUGUCGACGAGGGCUUCAACUGCGAGGAUCUUGCCAUGAACUACGUCCAUGGACUUCUAACGGGCGAAGGGCCUCUUCUCAUCAAUGGACAUGAGAAAUAUGUCAACUUUGUUCCGAAAGUUGGAAUCAGUAUGAAGAAGGGUCAUAUGGAGGCCCGAAGUGCCUGUCUGAACGACUUUUCCAAGAUGUUUGGAUGUCACCCCUUGGUCGACGAGACCGGAUACAUCCAACGAGGUGUAUUGGUAAUGUGA